UACUAAUUAACACCCCCCUUGAAAAGGAGGGUUUAAGUUCCCAACCCUGCCGGCUGGUGAGAAUCGUAAAGAAUGGCGUCGAAUCCUGUAAUCCUUUCCGGCAAACCUCCCGCCUUGUUCCGCUCCGCCGCUUUCAGCAGAGCUAAUCUUACAACAGCUUCAUCAUAUGUGUUUCACUGUAAUCAUCGCAAAAUUCUCUCCAGAGAAGUAGCUUUUAGGGUUUUCGGUCGUAACGGAUUUCGUGUUGAGGCUACCGACAACGGUGUUGGUGUUGGUGGUGGUGGUGGAUACGGUGGUUCUGAUUCGGGUGGAAAUGGUGGCGGUGGUGGUGGUGGCGGCGGCGACGGCGGAAACAAGUGGUCGUUUCUUUCAUGGUAUUUGAGUCUUCUCGAGGCACAUCCUGUAUUGACAAAAGCAGUAACAUCUGCACUUUUGACCUUUGUUGGAGACUUGACAUGCCAGGUCUUAAUUGACCAAGUGCCGUCUUUGGAUCUAAAGCGGGUAUCUCUUUUCACAUUUUUGGGGAUGGCGUUGGUGGGACCGACAUUACACUUCUGGUACCUAUACCUGAGUAAAUUGGUGACAAUGACCGGGGCUUCGGGUGCUUUUAUUCGCCUCAUAAUUGAUCAGUUCAUAUUUGCUCCUGCUUUUAUUGGAGUUUUCUUAUCAACAUUGGUAACAUUAGAAGGGAGGCCAGCCCAAGUUUUGCCAAAGCUUAAGCAGGAGUGGGUAUCAUCUGUUAUUGCAAAUUGGCAGCUGUGGAUACCUUUCCAGUUUCUCAACUUUCUAUUUGUUCCUCAACAAUUUCAGGUCCUUGCAGCUAACUUUAUUGCAUUGGUGUGGAAUGUCAUAUUGUCAUAUAAAGCUCACAAAGUAGUUGCAACAUAGGAAUGUCACAAAUUUUGUGAGAUAAGAUUUCAUGUAAUUUUGGGACGCAGGUUUUAGAUGGACUUCCGAUCAUGGCACAAAUGGAUUGCAGGGGCAUUUAAGGAAUUUUACAAGAGUCCAUUUUUGUCUUCCUGUACAACAUAAAAAGGUUUUUCAGGGCCUCCUUCACAACACCGCCACCUGCUGCAACUCAUAUGUUUCUUCUUUCGCCGCUCUCGGUUAAUUGUAUUGUUUAUUUUGUUUUCGCGUUUCAAUCCUAGAUACAUUAAUCAUGACGAAUGGUGGAGAGAUGCAUGUGUGCACGCAUCUGUUUGUAAGCAAUUUAUUAGAAAUGGCAAGAUUUUGGGCGUGUCUAGGGAUCAAAACAGGUUGUUUUCUGAAUGCAAAUUAAAAUGGGAUA